AUUGAACAUCUCGUUCACAUUAUAGCUCCCAUGCAGACUGAAUGCUGGUGGUUUUCGACUCGGACCAGAUGCGCUUUUACGCACUCAGUCUCCAGCCCUCACACUCAGCGCGCUUUUUACGCACACUGGAUAUUUGACUCCUCGGUCCUCGACACUAUGUCAAACGUCAGAAACCCACAUUAUUCUAUAGGAAGAGGCUGUGUGUCAUUCAUUUUGAGCUCUUGAGAGGGCCAGUCUGUUUCUCGUCGGGAAGACGAAAUGACCACCUCGUUAACGGCUGCAUUGGGGUUUGCUUAGACUUGCUGUAGCCUACACUUCUCAUUCUAGAUACUGUAGAUCUGUCAAAGAGGAAUUUAUAACUUCGGGAUUUACUUGAAAACCCUCGGUAUUUGCAGAUGUCUCUAUCAGGGAUUAAUCAAAAGGAGAUGAUGGCUUUAUCGUUCCUCUACGCGCUGUGCAUGUGGAUAACUUUAGUCUGUCCUUCGGUAGGAACUGGGUUUGUUUAUCACUUUCCAGGCAUCGCUGUGCAGCGGCAGCGCAUCAAAUCGGAACAGAGCGGCAGCACCGGACCACCUGGUACCGGCUCUCGUACCCAACUCAGGAACUGGUGUCAGUACACUGUUUCCAAAACAGUGUCCUGUCAGGUGCACAAUGGGACAGAAACCACGGUGCAGAGAGUGUUUCAGGGCUGCCGAUGGCCCGGACCUUGUUCCAAAGUCAUCAGCUACAGGACCCUCAUCAGGCCGUCCUUCAAGCUUACCUACAAGCAGGUCACAGCUCUGGAGUGGAGAUGUUGCCCAGGGUUUGUGGGAGAAGAGUGUCGGGAAGAGUGUAUGAACUGCACCAGCUUCACUGGCAUGAACAGCAGAAUAAAUGCAAUUGAAUCAAAGAUCAGGCUGUUAGAAGAGGGACGUGCCUCACUGCCGACAGUCAGCAGUUUACCAGAGGGCUCAACGGACAACGAGGUGGACACACCUCAGCCCACUCCUAUUGGACCGCCGUCAUACCUGCCGCCAGGAGUACCAGGAGCCGUUGGGCCUCCAGGGCCUGCUGGAUCUCCAGGGCUUCCAGGUUCUGCUGGACCACCAGGUCCGGCUGGAAGACCAGGCCUUCCUGGGCCCAUCGGAUCAAAGGGGGACAGAGGUUUACCUGGAGAAUUAGGUCUACCCGGCCCUCCUGGUCCCCCGGGUCCUCCAGGGUCGGGCUUCUUUCCGGUCCGAGCACGGGGUGAUGCCUUUCAAGUCGACAAACAAGAGGAGACAGGUCUCGCUGCUCCUCAGAUUGUAGUCGGGCCUCCUGGUCCAACUGGUCCUUCUGGCCCCUCAGGCCCUGCAGGGCCGAGAGGACCUGAAGGGAUUCCUGGCCUGCCGGGACAAGACGGCAAGGAAGGCCUCCAAGGCAAGCCUGGGGAUCCUGGGCCUAAAGGAGAUCCAGGGGAAAGGGGGUUUCCAGGUGCAACUGGCGAGCAGGGCCUACCUGGAGCACCAGGGCCAAAAGGAGAGCCAGGAGAAGGCUUGAAUGAGGGAGAGGCCGUGCAGCAGCUCAGAGAGGCCCUGAAGAUCCUGGCCGAGAGGGUCCUGAUCCUGGAGCACAUGAUCGGCAUUCAUGACACCUCUGAAGGAUCUGGUUUUGGCAGCAUUUUGGACCCGCUGUCUUUCUCCACUGUAAAGACCAAACGCCUCCAGCCUGUUCAAACCCCUCCUCAAACUCCAGCACUGAAGGAGAGACAAAGACAAGCUCCGCUUUAAGUGUAUAGUCUAAUCUUGUAUUUUGUGUUCAUAUUUGUGAUGGAUGUUGCGCUUUUUGUUAAAAAAUGAAGCUCUUUGCAGACAUGAGAUGUUGAGCAUUUCAUCCACAUGAAAGGCUUUUUUUAGCCCUUUUCACCCUGUUGCUGCACAAUCUUAGUCUACAUAACCUUAGCAGCAGCAUUUACACAGUGUUGUACAAUGAAAUAUAAUCUCAUAAAGUGUUA